AUGACUCAGCUGGAUUUGUUCCAACUACGUUGGAGAUUUUGUGUACGGCGUAAUUUGACCCUAUGGGUGGUCAGAAGUGGACAUACUGUUGUGGUUAUCUUUCCAUUUGCUAUGAGUGACAUGUUAAAUAUUACUUUUGCCACUGUGCUGAGGGAAAAAAUCAGAGAAGGUAUAAAUGAUAUGUUCUAUCAUAUCCCGUUAGAUCAUGAAAUAUGUCUUCAUCCUAAGUAUUUCGGUCCUGAUUUGCUGGAGACAGUAAAACGAAAGCUGUUCAAUGAGGUCGAGGGCACCUGCACCGGGAAGUACGGCUUUGUUGUUGCGGUAACUACAAUUGAUAAUAUUGGUGCGGGACUUAUUCAGCCAGGUAAUUCACUUGUCAUUGAUUCCAAAGGUCGUGGUUUUGUGUUGUAUCCCGUGAAAUACAAGGCGAUAGUAUUCAGGCCAUUUAAAGGGCAAGUUGUCGACGCAGUGGUAAAUCAAGUAAAUAAAGUUGGAUUAUUUUGUGAUAUUGGGCCGCUUUCAUGCUUUGUAAGUCGUCACUGCAUUCCACCCGAUAUGGAGUUUGAGCCAAAUUCAAAUCCUCCAUGUUAUAAAACAGCAGAUGAAAGUGUUGUCAUCAAACAAGAUGAUGAAAUCCGAGUAAAACUGAUUGGUACACGGGUGGAUGCUUCUGAUAUUUUUGCUAUUGGUACUCUGAUGGAUGACUAUCUUGGAAGUUCCACAUCUAAAAUGGGUGUUUGGAAUUUGCAAAUAUUCGAUGAGAUAAGACGAAUGAACAUCAGGCAACUACUUUAUCAGGGCCUGAACUUCGCAAUGAUUGUAUCCUCGGCCUUGAUGAUCUGGAAGGGUUUGAUGGUUAUUAGUGGUUCCGAAAGUCCUAUUGUGGUUGUGCUAUCGGGUUCCAUGGAACCUGCAUUUUACAGAGGAGAUUUGUUGUUGCUAACAAAUGAUGAAUCUGAUCCAAUUAGAGCUGGUGACAUUACCGUAUUUAAAAUUGAGGGACGUGAUAUCCCAAUUGUGCAUCGAGUUAUUAAAGUCCAUGAGAAAAGCAACGAAGAAACAAAAUUUUUGACGAAAGGAGAUAACAAUCAGGUUGACGAUCGAGGUCUGUACGCAUCGGGACAGUUCUGGCUAACUCGAAAAGAUGUUGUUGGUCGAGCAAAGGGAUUCAUACCCUAUGCCGGAAUAGUCACAAUAUUUAUGAAUGAUUACCCUAAGCUGAAAUAUGCGGCGCUUUCGUCAUUUUGCAUAGAGAAGGAUAGUCCAUCCACCAAAAUUCUACAUUUCAUACGAUUUGAAGGUAUGAUAUUAUGCAUUGGGCGUGGAACGUUAGAGAUGCCCAUCACUGUCACUUGGAGCUUAUCCGGAUGGAAUGUCUGUGAUGACAAACGACAACCUGCACAGGUCAUGGGACAGUAUGAUGGCGUUGGCGCAAAAGCAAUUUAG